ACCGACCCGGAGGCUCCGGUGUCUGCGCGCCAGGUCCCGUCCCGGGGUGGGGCGGGACAGAGGGGAGGAGUUACGCGGGUGCGCACCACGCAGCGCGCGGGGUUAGGCCGAGGAUGUGGCUCCCGCACCGCGGAUUUUAGGAGUACGGCUCUGCGGACCCGGAGUCUCCGCGGUCAGGCUGAGGUGUAUCUCCAUGAAUAACUUAAAUGAUCCACCAAAUUGGAACAUCCGCCCUGAUUCCAGAGCCGAUGGUGGUGAUGGAAGCAAGUGGAAUUAUGCCCUGUUGGUGCCAAUGCUGGGGUUGGCAGCUUUUCGUUGGAUUUGGUCCAGGGAGUCCCAGAAAGAAAUAGAAAAAGAGAGACAAGCCUAUUAUCAGAGGACAGCUGCUUUCCAGCAGGAUCUUGAAGCCAAGUACCAUGCCGUGAUCUCAGAAAAUCGACGUGCUGUUGCUCAGCUGUCUUUGGAACUUGAAAAGGAGCAAAAUAGAACAACUAGUUAUCGAGAAGCCCUCAUCUCUCAAGGGCGCAAGUUGGUGGAAGAAAAGAAGCGUCUGGAACGGGAACGGGCUCAGGUAAUGAAAGAGAAAAGCCAGCUGCAGCCCCUGAGAAGUGUGUAUCUGAGCUGCCUGGAAGAGCAGGGGGACUGGGAGCAGAGAGCCCGGCUGAUGCUGAAGGAGACUGGAGAGGCCCUUGCUGAAAGGCAGAGCAUCUACUGCAGCCUGGUCCUCCCCCGACGUGCCAGACUGGAGCUUGAGAAGAACUUGCUGGUGCGCGCGUCCAUCGACCCUGUGGCUGCUGACUUAGAGAUGGCAGCUGGCUUGACUGACAUAUUUAAGCAUGAUACAUAUUGUAGUGGUGUCUGGAACACCAACAAACGCCAAAAUGGGAGACUCAUGUGGCUCUAUCUCAAGUAUUGGGAGCUAGCUGUUGAAUUGAAAAAGUUUAAGAGAGUAGAGAAGGUUAUCCUACAGAAGUAAGAGAAAAUGAAAUAAAGCUCAAGACCAGACGACAGUA